CACCCGGAGUCUGUUUCGCCGAGAUAAGCUACUGUCUAUUUUAACCCUUGUCGAUUCCUUGUCCUUUCGCCUGCCCUUGAGCCCGGCUGGGAGAAGGAUUAACCCCUCAAGUUCCCUUUAACAAGCCUGUGGAUUUCCAUCUCCCCGCCCACCCGGGAACAUGCUUUUUUUCUGCCCCACCCUGGGCCCAAGAAGGGUAGCAGGGGUUUUGAUUUGGGGUGGGUUUAAUAAAUAGGUGGGCUCUCCCCUCCUGCCCUAAUUUGGGAGGGUGGUGAAAGUUUCUCCAGGAGGCAGGCAGGCUCCGGAUACCCCACCCCGCAACCCCCAGACACCCCCAGACCCGACCCCUGCCCUUGGUGGAGAGAGAAGGGGCGGGCUGGACGGUCCUCUUGGAAACCCCGGGCUACGCCAGCGCUCCCCGGAGACCCCCUAAACCUUUGUGCAGAAUCUGGAUCGACCCGCUGCUGGCAAGGGAGAUUAGAGGGAAGGCGAGCAGUAGCCCGGCCAGGAUUGCUCCACGCUCUCCGGGUCGCUCGGCACCGGCCCCGGUUUCUUAUCAAGGGAACGAGGGGACAGUAUGCCAUCCGAUAGCUGAACGCAUUGGGCGGCAGACGGGGCGCGCACGGCGCCGGGCUUGCGUUGGCCAUCUGACGAUGCCCCUCGCCCGCCCCCCGUCCCCGCGCCCCUCCGGCUCGUCCGCAUUGCCCUGGCACCGCUCCCGCUGACGUCCCCGCCGCCGCCGGAGCAGCUCCCGGACCCCCGCCCCGCCACCGUCUCCGAGCCGCGCCGGCCGGGCGAGGUCAUGAGCCAGGGCGCCCGGCGGGAGAGAAGGACCGGCGCGGGCAGGGAGUGGAGAUAGCGCCCCGCCGCCCGCCCCUCGCCCCCCAACCCUCGCCCCCUCCCCGGGGCCCCGGGCCUUGCCGCUCUUGGCGGCGGACAGACAGACCGCGCAGAGCCGAGAGAGGGGAUCUCGGGGCGUCGAGCCAUGGCCACCCUCAUCCGGAGCAAGCUCUCCAACGUGGCCACCUCGGUGUCCAACAAGUCCCAGGCCAAGGUGAGCGGCAUGUUCGCCCGGAUGGGCUUCCAGGCGGCCACGGACGAGGAGGCGGUGGGCUUCGCCCACUGCGACGACCUGGACCUGGAGCACCGGCAGGGGCUGCAGAUGGACAUCCUCAAGUCUGAGCCCAGCGAGGAUGGCGGGGAGCCCCCCGUCGAGGGCGAUUUCCACUACCAGAGGGACGGGGCGGGACCCCCGCCGGCCCCGGGGGCCAAGGACGAGGGGGGGCCCUCCGACCUGUCCGGCCAGGACAAGCCCAAGAUCACCGCCUGGGAGGCCGGCUGGAACGUCACCAACGCCAUCCAGGGGAUGUUCGUCCUGGGCCUGCCUUACGCCAUCCUGCACGGCGGGUACCUGGGGCUGUUUCUGAUCAUCUUCGCGGCCGUGGUGUGCUGCUACACGGGCAAGAUCCUCAUCGCCUGCCUGUACGAGGAGAACGAAGACGGCGACGUGGUGCGGGUGCGGGACUCCUACGUGGACAUCGCCAACGCCUGCUGCGCCCCGCGCUUCCCCAAGCUGGGCGGCCGGAUCGUCAACGUGGCCCAGAUCAUCGAGCUGGUCAUGACCUGCAUCCUCUACGUGGUGGUCAGCGGCAACCUGAUGUACAACAGCUUCCCCAACCUGCCCGUCUCCCAGAAGUCGUGGUCCAUCAUCGCCACGGCCGUGCUGCUGCCCUGCGCCUUCCUCAAGAACCUCAAGGCCGUGUCCAAGUUCAGCCUGCUCUGCACCCUGGCCCACUUCGUCAUCAACAUCCUGGUGAUCGCCUACUGCCUGUCCCGGGCGCGGGACUGGGCGUGGGAGAAGGUCAAGUUCUACAUCGACGUCAAGAAGUUCCCCAUCUCCAUCGGCAUCAUCGUCUUCAGCUACACCUCGCAGAUCUUCCUCCCGAGCCUGGAAGGCAACAUGCAGCAGCCCGGGGAGUUCCACUGCAUGAUGAACUGGACCCACAUCGCCGCCUGCAUCCUCAAGGGCCUCUUCGCCCUCGUCGCCUACCUGACCUGGGCCGACGAGACCAAGGAGGUCAUCACGGACAACCUGCCGUCCACCAUCCGGGCCGUCGUCAACAUCUUCCUGGUGGCCAAGGCCCUGCUGUCCUACCCGCUGCCCUUCUUCGCCGCCGUGGAGGUGCUGGAGCGCUCCCUCUUCCGCGACGGCAGCAGGGCCUUCUUCCCCAACUGCUACGGGGGCGACGGGCGGCUCAAGUCCUGGGGCCUGACCCUGCGCUGCGCGCUGGUCGUCUUCACCUUGCUCAUGGCCAUCUACGUGCCCCACUUCGCCCUCCUCAUGGGCCUGACCGGCAGCCUGACCGGGGCGGGCCUCUGUUUCCUCCUCCCCAGCCUCUUUCACCUCAAACUCCUCUGGCGCAAGCUGCUCUGGCACCACGUGUUCUUCGACCUGGCCAUCUUCGUCAUCGGGGGCAUCUGCAGCGUGUCCGGCUUCGUCCAUUCCCUGGAAGGCCUCAUCGAGGCUUACAGAACCAAUUCGGAAGACUGAGGUGGGGGAGGGGGGAGGGAGGGAGAAGAGGAGGGGGCGCGCCCAGACCCCCCCCCCCUCCCCUCCCCCGGGGGGAGCAUCCACGAAACCAAACCGCGUCGCGCGGCCUUGGGGAGACCAGACCCUCCAACUCCAUGCCAGGCCCGCCCAUAAAAUCCAGGCCCCGCGACGGAAACACGAAUGCCAAGGGCUUGCCCUGCCUUCUCCCUCCUCUUCCUUUUCAUUUCUUUCUUUCCUUUUUUAAAAAAAAAAAAAAAAUCCGAAGCUUGAAGUCGUAAAAUCUCAUUUUUUUUCUCGUUUCCGGAUCAUUCGCGAGCCCAACUCCAGGCUCCUUUGGUGUUUUUUCUUGUUUCUGUUCUUUAACGGUUGGGGUGGCGAGCCCGUGUGACAGGUCAUCUGGGGGGCGGGGGGUUCUUUGUCGGGGGAAAGUGCCCUUUACCGGGCUGGAGCUGUUUGGCUUCUUGGGUGGCAGGGGGGACACUUUAUGCAAUGGACGCUGGGCGUUUAAAGACCACUAGAGAGGUGCGCAACGUGUCGGUCAGGUACGUGACGGUGUGUGUCUGGGUGCGUGUGUGAGGGUGCGGGGGUGACUCGAACACCCGCCGCGCAUCUGGGCGUCGUCUAGGACACCCAAACCACAGCUCGCUAAGGUGGCACCAGGAGGACGGUGACCCCCAGAGAGCGGCGACCCUCCAGCACGCUGCGGGAUUUGGACCUGGGGGCAAAUUUCCAACCGAUUAAACGCUCAGACUCUGCCACGUUUGAACCAUUUCUAGCAACGAGCGCUUCCCAUUUUAUAACAUUUUUGCCUCCGGCUGAAAUCACAGACUUGAAAUUCUGUUUCGUUUCAGGGUCUUUCGUUUCGUUUUUAAUUUGAAGAAGAAAAAAAACAAAACCUCACACAUACACGAGUCGUUGGUUCGAAAGUGUUCAGGAAAUUAAACAAAAACCAUUUUGUGCAAUCUACCAGACCUGUGGAGCUGUUUCAAAUGUAUGUGUGGUGUAAUUGUGGUAAAUAAGAUGAAAAUGUAUAUCAGAAAAAAAUCUAUCUUUAACAUAUGACAUGGUACAUAAAUAUAUCGAGAAAUAAAGAGAAAAAAAAAAUAA